CCGGAAGUGAACUGAGGAAGAAAAUAAGUAGAUACUAAAUCGGGAACUUUGAUUGAAAUCUCCACAGAUGGUAGUUGUAGAUCCGCAAGUAGAUGUGAUGGCCUUGAAACAGUGAAAGACCUGAAAGGUCCAUGACCGAAAAAGGGUGAUUAUUUACUUUUAGAAAAGUACAAGAAAUAUGAUAGCAAAUGGCAAGGAGCUUACAUGUAGCAUCCUUAAAAUGAGAGUUAUUGUCCUCAAUGCAAAGCCCUUAAUAAUUACACUAUUUGGUAUAACCUUUCUCUGGCUCUACUACCAGCUAUAUAUAAGUUACUUCACUAAGCCUGUUGAACAUACCGAACUAACCAUAUAUGACGCAUAUAAGGAUGGAGAGCAUGGCAUAGGUGAUCGGGUUAAAUCAAAAAGUGUGCAUGAAAUCUACUUCAAUGAACUUAUCUUGAUGGAACCAGGUACAGUCAACCUAUAUAGACUAGAUAAUGAUUAUCCUAAUCAGUCUGAGAAAGCUUUGGAUCUGCUUAUUGCAAAGCCAAAUAAAAUGUUCUGGAGAAAAAAGCUCAAUCUCACAACACAGAUACUGAAUGUUAAACAUACAAAGAUGGACGAUCCAUUAUUGUUAGAGAUGUUACGACUGUCAUGGAUUUAUCCACCAUCACUGUUGCCGUACAAUUUAAAGCAAGACCUUGAUGCUGUCUAUCAAGGAGAUUAUUCGAAAGGACAGAGUGCAGUUGUUGAUAAAAUACUCAACCACAAGAGAAAUGGUUUCUUUGUUGAAUGUGGUGGCUUUGAUGGGGAAUCUCGCUCAAACUCUCUGUUUUUUGAACAGCGCCGAAAUUGGAGAGGAAUCCUCAUAGAAGCAGAUCCAUAUAAUUUUGUAGAGUUGGUCAACAAAAACAGAAAGGCAUACAGCUCAGAUACAUGCUUAAGUAUUCUUCAUCACCCAUUUGAGAUUCCAUUCAAACUUAACAGAAACUUAGGUCGGAUUAUGGAUACUGAAGAUGAGUACUCCAACGAAGAUCCAGAUGUCAACAUUGUCCCGAUUCAGUGUUUUCCCUUUUAUAGUUACCUCCUAGCAUUAAAGGUGACACAUGUGGAUUAUUUUAGUCUCGAUGUUGAAGGAUUAGAACUUGAAGUUUUACGAACGAUACCAUUCCAUAAAAUAACAAUUGAUGUGAUAAGUGCAGAAUUUAUUCAUGGUGCUAAGGACAAAGUUGUAAUGCAGAAUUAUAUGGAGGAGCAGGGGUUUCAUGUUGCAGCCGAGAUUAUGAGAUCUGAUAAUCUUGCCAACGAUUUUAUUUUUGUACGAAAUGGCUUUAAGCCUUGAUUUGGUGUAAGGUGUUAGACAGAAGAAGAUAUAUACACGUAUAUAUAUACCCAGGCCCCAGGGACAAAUAGAAUGAACUGGGGUGCUAGACUUCGUAGAUCUGAUAUAUGUAAGAUAUAUUGCUCAUUUUGUCAUAAUACUUUUGUCAUAACUUUUUUCUGUAUUGGCUGUAGCAAUACUAAUAACUUCUGAAUAGCCUUACAAUAUGUGCAAUACCCUCACCCGACA